GUCACCCUGACCCUGAAGGACCAUCGCCUCCACACCCCCAUGUACUUCUUCCUCCGGAACUUCGCCAUCUUAGAAAUCUGCUUCACCUCGGCCAUCGUCCCCCGGCUGCUGCACGGCCUCCUGACGGACAGAAACUCUGUGACCCUCCCUGGCUGCUUCCUCCAGCUCUUGUUGGUCUACUUCCUGGGCGCCUGUAUGGUCUUCCACGGGUCCGUCAUGUCGUUCGACCGUUACGUGGCCAUCUGCCACCCCCUGCGUUACGGCACCCUCAUGAGCAGCAGGGCCUGCUCCCAGCUAGUGCUGGGCUGCUGGGUGGUGAGUUUUCUGAUCAAUGUUCCCCCAACGUUUAUCGUAACUCUCUUACCCUUCUGCGGCCCCAACGUCAUUAACCACUUAUACUGCGACACGGCCGCCCUGCUCCAGCUCUCCUGCUCGGACACGUCGCACAUCGAGGUCAUGGUUUUUGUUUCUACGACACUUAUCUUACUUGGUUCUUUGACUUUCAACGCCGUCUGCUACAUCCAUAUCAUCUCCACGAUCCUGCGCAUCCCCUCCACCACGGGCCAGAAGAAGGCCUUUUCCACCUGCUCUGCUCACCUCCUGGUCGUGGUGAUUUUGUACGGUAGCGGCAUCUUCCGCUACGUCCGGCCCGGCCAGCGCGGCGUGCAAGACUUUGACAAAAUUGCGUCGCUUUUGUACUGUGUGGUCAUCCCGCUACUUAACCCCUACAUCUACGCGCUCAGGAACGAACAGAUCAAAGCGGCCCUGAAGGAUGCCUGUUUGAGAGCAUUUUCUGGGCGUUUGAGGCUCUCAUGAACAUCCCACACCCCAAGCUCCGUGGACAGAAGUGGACUUGGACACAACCCUCCCAAUCAUCUUGGUGGGUCAAGGAGCCGUAGACAAGGAUGAGUUUAUCUCUCCGUUUUCAUAGAGUGUGAGGUCACAGGUGUAAGAUCCUUAAUGUCAGCCCUGAUGUGUCGAUAUCAGCGAGUUUGGAAUUUCAUCCACUUUGUUUUGCUUUCAACCUUGUAAUUCCUGUCCCUUAUUC